AUGGCAGAUGGGGCGCAGGCCAACCCCAAAGGGUUCAGGAAGAAGGUGCUGGUUAGACACCCCUCUGGGUGGAGGGGCCCAAAUCUCAGGGCCUCUUCUGCGAGGACCUCCAGAUCCACCCUGGCUCUGAAGUGCUUCACCGUCGCCAUCCUGGCCGGCAGCCUCCUGCCUGCAGCGCACAGCAGCCUGUUCAACCUGAAGUCCAUGGUGGAAGCCAUCACAGGGAAAAAUGCCAUCCUGUCCUUCGUGGGCUACGGCUGCUACUGCGGGCUGGGGGGCCGUGGCCAGCCCAUGGAUGAUGUAGACUGGUGCUGCCACGCCCAUGACUGCUGCUACCAGAAGCUCUUUGACCAGGGCUGCCACACCUACGUGGACCACUACGAAUACUCCAUCGAGAAGAACAAGACGAUUGUCUGCAGAGAUUUCAACCAGACGGACUGCGACAGGCAGACCUGCGAGUGUGACAAGGGCGUGGCGCUCUGCUUCCAGAAGCAGAUGUACAACGAGAAGUAUCGCAACUUCCUGAACAUCUACUGCCAGGGCGCCACCCCCAACUGCAGCAUCUACGAGCAGCCCAGGGAGGGGGCCUGCAGCCCCACCGCCUCGACACCCCCUGCGUUGUCCUAG